AUGUCCUGCGAAAGCAAGCUCCUCAUCUCUUCCGUCCGCACCGCUGUCUAUGCAACGCUGUUCGCUGCUUCUGCUGGUAUAUUUGCUGUCUACUACUAUGAUGCACGUUCCGCAAUCCAUCGUUAUGUUUUGACACCCGUACUACGCCACACAUUUGAUGCAGAAACUGGGCACAAGAUUGCUGUCAAAGUCCUUCGUAGUGGACUUGGCCCGCGGGACCCAGUACAAGAUAAUGAGAGAUUGCGGUCUGAGCUCUGGGGGCGCGAACUAUCCAAUCCCGUUGGCCUGGCAGCUGGUUUCGACAAGGAUGGCGAAGCUAUUGACGGUAUCCUUAAUCUCGGCUUUAGCUGGGUCGAAAUAGGAAGUGUCACCCCAAAACCUCAGCCUGGAAACCCGAAACCACGUGUAUUUCACCUUCCCAAUGAUGCAGCGCUCAUCAAUCGCUACGGAUUCCCCUCACAAGGCGCUGCCUCCUUGAUUUCCCGCCUUCGCGCUCGCAUACCCAAAUUCCAUGAGACGAAGGAUGAUACAACUGCUGCCCUAAAACCUGGGUCGGUCCUUGCAAUCAACCUAGGUAAAAAUAAAACUUCUCCGGUUGAGUCUCCGGAUGAUUUUGUCACCGGUGUGAAAACGUUCGGCCCGUACGCUGAUGUCCUGGUUGUCAAUGUCUCUAGCCCAAACACGCCUGGACUACGCGGUCUUCAAAAUCGAGAGCUGUUGGAAGACUUACUUGCAAGCGUUACAAAAGCCCGAGAUGAACUAGAACCAUCACCGAUCACAGCACGUCGACCACGUUUGGUGCUGAAAAUCGCACCCGACCUCGAGGAAUCACAAAUUCUCGAUAUCGCAGAUCUAAUUCGCAAGGGCAACAUCGAUGGUGUCAUCGUCAGCAACACUACUAUCAGCCGCCCUGCAAGUCUUACGGAUCCCAAUAAAUCUGAGAUGGGCGGUCUCUCCGGUGCCCCUCUGAAGCCGCGUGCAUUACAGGUUUUGAAAACCUUGCGCACGCAUGUUCCUUCAAGUAUUCCAUUGAUAGGCUGCGGAGGAAUUAGCACGGGCGCUGAUGCGCUGGAUUAUGCUCGGGCGGGUGCUUCACUGAUUCAAGUGUACACUAGCUUUGGCUAUGAUGGAGUGGGGACUUGUAGACGCAUCAAAGAUGAAUUGGAGGCCCUGCUCAAAGCGGAGAACACGACCUGGAAGGCUGUUGUUGAGGAAUCCGUGCGGGAGCUGAGCUGGACAGGGCCAUAGGGACAUUUGUCGAAUAGGCUCGGGAACAGCUGCUGGACCAGCUGCCUCCCAUAGGAGGUCCUCCGUUGAAAGGCUGAGUCCCUAUGUAGACAACACAUGUACCUGGCGCAGUGGAAUGCUUUGGGAUGAAGGCGUAUGCAUAGCUGAAACGAGGGCGGAAGUGAGGAAUGAGGAAUAGCAGUACGCUACUUGUGAUUGCAUGACUUGCAAUCUUACCUGUAAGCUGCCUUGAUUGUGCGACGACUGAACGUUUCCAC